AUGGGUGGAGAUUCUCCGGCUGUCACACGGCUCACACCUAUCCCAGCUUCGAAGACGUUGCCUGUCCUUGCUGAGCGCCCAGUCGGUCAACGAAUCACCAAGAUCUACACCGAUCGAUUGAAGCAGUUCACAGAUGCCGGUCAAUAUAAGGAGCAAAACCUGAUCUCAAAGUUGCAAGAAGCAGUCAAUUCCGAUGAAGACCAUGUGAAGCUGUCAGUAUACUCGGUUCCCGAUCUGCAGCGGCCCACCUUCCAGGAAGCGACAUCACACGAAUUCAAAACUACCCAUAUCGGCGAAUCGUUUGGCCCAAGCUGGUCGACCCACUGGUUCCGAAUCCUUCUUACCAUCCCAAAGCACAUGCUUCACAAGGAACGACUGGAAUUCCACUGGGACGCCAACAAUGAGGGUCUGAUUUGGUCAGAAGACGGUCGGCCUCUACAGGGAUUGACUGGUGGUGGUGAACGAAUAGAAUGGAUUAUCCCUGAUAAGUGGCGCGAUGGAAAGGAACAUCUAUUCUACAUUGAGAUGGCAUGCAAUGGGAUGUUUGGAAACGCUCCUGGAGGCGACUCGAUUCAACCCCCUCGCCCGGACAAAUUCUAUACACUAAGCAAGGCACAGAUUACUGCGGUGAACUUAGAAGCACGUGCUCUCUUCUAUGAUUUCUGGAUCAUUGGAGACGCUGCUCGGGAGUUCCCUGGAGACUCAUGGGAGGCCCAUGAAGCAAAUGUGACAGGAAAUGCCAUAAUUGAUGCCUUCAUUGCUGGCAAUGGGAGCAACGAUGCUAUACGAAAAGGACGUGACAUUGCACGGAAGUAUUUAGGAGACAAGGUAGACUCGUCGGAUGUCUAUGCUUCUGAUACAAACCCGUUCGUUUACGCCAUUGGCCAUUGUCACAUUGACACCUGCUGGCUCUGGCCCUGGGCAGAGACGAAGCGUAAGGUAGCUCGCUCCUGGUCAAACCAGUGCGACUUGAUGGAGCGGUAUCCUGAACAUCGAUUUGCCUGCUCUCAGGCACAGCAGUUCAAGUGGCUCCAACAAUAUUACCCUGACGUUUUUGAUCGCGUCAAGCGCUGGGUGAAGAAAGGCACCUUCCAACCGAUAGGUGGCAGCUGGGUCGAGCACGAUACAAACAUGCCUAGCGGAGAAUCUCUUGUGAGACAAUUCCUUUAUGGCCAGAGAUUUUUCGAGAGUCACUUUGGAAAGCGAUGCACCACUUUCUGGCUACCAGAUACAUUCGGCUAUUCUACUCAAAUCCCACAGAUCUGCCGCCUUGCAGGCAUGAGUAGAUUCUUCACCCAGAAGUUGAGCUGGAACAACAUCAACAAUUUUCCUCAUACAACAUUCCAGUGGGUUGCGCUCGAUGGCAGCCAAGUCUUGUGCCAUAUGGCUCCUGCGGAGACCUAUACAGCUGAAGCCCAUUUUGGCGACGUCAAGCGCAGCGUAACACAGCACAAAUCAAUGGAUAAGGACAAGUCGUCCCUGCUAGUCUUCGGUAAAGGAGACGGUGGUGGUGGCCCGACCUUCGGACACUUGGAGAAGCUACGUCGCUGCCGCGGUCUUAGUGAUAAGAUUGGAACACUUCCGCGUGUCAAGAUGGGCGACUCAGUCGAGGACUUCUUUGACAAGCUCGAGGCGAAUGCUACCAGUGGCACUGACUUUGCGACAUGGUAUGGUGAGCUCUAUUUCGAACUACACCGGGGUACUUAUACCACUCAAGCAAAUAAUAAACGUAACAACCGCAAGUCUGAGGUCCUUCUACGGGAAAUUGAAUUCCUUGCUACAUUGGCUACUAUCCGUGGUUCGGAGAAAGAGUACAAGUACCCAAAGGCUGAGAUUGAUCAGAUGUGGGAGAGCGUACUUCUUUGCCAAUUCCACGACUGCUUGCCCGGCAGCUCCAUCGAAAUGUGCUAUGACGACUCUGACAAACUUUAUGCUAAAGUGUUUGAAAUUGGCGCCAAACUGCGCAAAGACGCCCUUGUCGCUCUAGGAAUCACUAGAAAGACUGCCUUCACGGAACUCGUGGCUCUCAAUACCUUGCCUUGGCCUCGUUCGGAAGUUGCAAGAGUUCCAGAAACUCUUCCCUUUACGUCAAACAGGCAGAGUAAGUACGCCCUUAUCAAUGGGCCUACUGGAGUAAUCUCGUGCCAGGAGGUGGACUUCAAAACUACGGCUGCAGUUACCGUGGCUGAAACUGCACCGGGUGUUUUCCGUCUUCAGAAUGGCAAGCUCCGGGUAGAUGUCAAAGAUGGCACUAUAACCUCCUUGUUCGAUCUCGAGGCGCGGAGAGAAGUCAUUGCAAAGGGCGGAAAGGCUGGACAGCUAGUCAUCUUUGAUGAUAAGCCUCUAUACUGGCAGGCGUGGGAUGUAGAAGUCUUCCACUUAGAAUCUCGAAAAGAGCUUCAGAGUGGCAAGACCAUCAUCGCAGAAAGGGAUCCGCACCGAGCCAGUCUUGUGACUAAGACCCAGAUUAGUGACAAGAGUUGGAUCAAGACUACCAUUAGUCUCUCUGCAUCUGUCUCCUCUGAGCCUUCCUACGUGGAGUUUGAAAGCGAGGUCGAAUGGAAGGAGACAAUGAAGUUCCUGAAGGUUGAGUUCCCUGUAGAUGUCAGCAAUACCGAGGCAUCCUACGAGACUCAGUAUGGCAUUGUCCGACGCCCAACUCACUACAACACAAGCUGGGACAUGGCUAAAUUCGAAGUCUGCUGCCACAAGUGGGCUGACCUGUCAGAGAACGGAUACGGAGUCUCCAUCCUCAAUGACUCAAAGUACGGCUUUGCCACCUGCGGAAACCUGAUGCGCUUGUCCCUUCUGCGGGCCCCUAAGGCCCCAGAUGCCCACGCCGACAUGGGCCGUCAUCGCAUUCGGUACGCCAUCCUUCCUCACUCCGGUGCGCUCAAUGACCGAACAAUUCGUGCUGGGUACAAUUUCAACCACCCACUGGUCAUAGAGAAUGCCAGUCCAACUACUACAGACUGCAAUGCCGCGUUCAAGGCAGUGUCGAUCAAGGGUGCGCCAUCUGUUAUCCUCGACACUAUCAAACGCGGCGAGGAUGACGAAGAUGUCUCCGUUGAUGGAAUUGCCGUUCGUAAGGGUAAGAGCGUAAUUUUGCGUGCUUAUGAGUCCCUCGGCGGUAAGGCUCGAGGAUAUAUCGAAAGUACCUUGCCUGUCAAGCGGGUUUGGAAGUGUAACGUUCUUGAGGAUGAUGAAAAUGAGUUGGAGAUUGUCAAGACUAAUGGGACUUCGUCCGUCAGUAUUGAACUUCGGGCAUUUGAGGUUGUUACUUUCAGACUACAGCUGUGA